AUGACCGGGAAGGAAAGCACGUCCAACACUGAACCGAAAUCCCCCUCCCUGCAUCCGGCUUACACGGUAACCAACAUUCAAAACAAGGUUCGUACGCUCGAUGGCACUAAGGUUACAUAUUCAUCGUGGGUGAAGCUUUUCAAGCUACACGCAAAGGCAUAUAAGGUUUUGGAUCACAUCGACGGCACAACAUCACCAAAGGAAGGUGACGAUGAGUUUGAUUCUUGGCAAGAGAUCGACGCCUUUAUUCUCCAAUGGAUCUACGCCACGUUGUCCGACGAAUAUUUGGUUCGAGUUCUUGAAACCAACGCUACGGCGCGAGCCACAUGGCUGAAACUCGAAGGUAUUUUUCUCAAUAACAAAGGCUCUCGAGCUACGACUCUUGAGCACGACUUUACAAAUCUCACACUUGGAGUUUGUUUAUCCCUCGAUGAUUAUUGUCAGAAACUUAAAGACAUCGCCGAACAACUAGGCGAUGUUGGCUUUCCGGUCAGCGACCCACGGCUUGUUAUGCAACUUGUUCGAGGCCUCCCGUCCAAGUAUGAUGUCACCGCUGCCCUCAUCAAUCAAACUUCCCGGUCAUGGGAUGAUGCUCGCACUGGUCUACAAAAAGAACAACAAUGA